AUGUCGUGGUAUCUUUUUGGGCAAUUGCGUCCUAGACGCUCCUUCCUCGACUCAUCUUUCCCUCCCAAUUCUUAUAUCUUUGACUGUCCGGUAGGUUCGUUCCAGUAUAGUCUGGAAGAUAUCGAUUCAUUUCUUCAAUCAUCAAAACAUCUUUUUCGAUCUCACCUCUUCUUCCUAUACAAUUCCCUAAAAUUGAUCAGACCUAAUAUUCCGAUAUUUCCAUACAUCAUGGCCGUUGUUACAUCUCCUACUCUACCUUUCAACAAUCUUGAACGCCGCGAUAUUUCCAAUGCACUCGAAUCUUCAACUGAACUGAAAUAUCCAGUUUCAAGCAGCAAGAAUGAUAGCUUGAAUGAGGAUAGAUACUUGGUGGUCAGUCCAUACGACGAAAAACCUCAUCUACUAGAUCUCGAUACCUUGGAUACACCAAAUCAAUUUCUUGCUAGAGCCCUUGUUGGAUUGAAAUGUUUGAGAGAAGAUUAUGCAACUGCGCCAUAUAUUGAGACUUUCAAUUGGCAAGAAGUCAUAGAUUCUCUUCGAGAGCUGACAAAAGCCUCCAAUUACACAUGGAAAGAGGGAUUUUUCUACAUUGUUGUUUUCAGAUCUCAAGUCCCACCGGAAACUGUCGCUCAUUACUCUGAUCUUGGUGCUCUUGACAAAGCUGCCCACGCCGAGGCGACCGAAAGUGGAGGAUUUCUCAAGUACUGGUUCGGAGUACCUGACAAGAACGGACGGAAUCUUGCAACUUGUGUUUGGCGUAGCUCUCGAGAUGCGAAAAUUGGUAGCGUGGGUCCACACCACCGUGUCGCAGCCAACGCAGCCAGACAUAUGUAUACAGAGUGGAAAAUCGAACGAUUAAGGCUCCUUGUGAAGGACGAUAUUAAAGGAUGGGAGAUUGAACAAUGGGUCGACUAAAAAUGAUAUAUCCUAUCUGAAGUAUUCCGACACCUAGUUGCCCUCCAGGUUGAUUGGAUGAACAUCGGACUUGAAUCGGACGGCGUAGAAGGAGUUACCUAUGAUUUUAUAGACUACCUAGA